AGACGCCGAGUCCCGCCUUCUGAGAUUGGCGAGUAACCUAGCAACGCAGGGACCGCGGCGAUAGCUGUGGCCAGGGAAACCUGGAGCCUUCAGAGCAGGAUGGCCAGAGACAAUAAAAGCACAAGACCCAAAUAGUCUUCCGAAGUCUCCAUCUCUGAGGACGUACAGAGGCACAGAGGGCUGCUCACGAGAUGGCUUUAGACAUUCUCGCCAUGGCACCUUUGUACCAGGUCCCCACCAUCAACAGAAUAGGGCAAAAGACAGACCCAUCUAAAAAGCCAACUGACUCACUAAAACCCCUGGUCCCCUCUAAGACCAAACUCACCACCACUGAGGCCAAAAGGAUCAUGUCCGUCCUGGAUGAGGCGAUCUACAAGGUGGAGCUGGUGACCCUGCUGUCGUAUGUGGCAUCCAAUCGAGGGGAUGUGGAGGGGAUGCUGGGGGAGGCCAUCUUGAGGGCAGUGAGAGAGCACGAGGACCUCUGCCAGGUCCUCCUGGACAACGUCAGGUGCCUAAAGGAGAAAGAAAGGCAGCUGCAGGAGCAGGACGAGGUUAAGGAGGAAGGGUGGCUCAGAGACCGCCGCCUCUCCAUAGAGCUGCAGAAAUCCAGCCUCCCUCCACUUAGGCAGCAGAUCAAAGACUCCACCAAGAAUGUCCUGAGACUCUUGCUCAGCAACCCUCAAGCUGCCAGUUUCCUGCAGAUGCAGACGCAGGGCAGAAGCGCAGAAGCCCAGCGUUUGAUUGACAGCCUGAAUGAGCUCCGUGGUUUCCUGUUUGAAAAACUCCUCACUGGCCCCAUGGAAGCGAGGGACAAAGCCCAGUUCAUACAGGAUAUCAGUAAACAGAAUAGUAUGAACCAACAAAUCAUCGAUACUCUUGAAAAUGAAUUGGCGGAGAGGAUGAAGGACAGACACGCGGAGAUGGAAAAGGAGAACUUUGUGAUCCAAGAACUGAAAAACCACCUGCACCAGGUGCUCAAGUUCUCAGAGAACAGCCUCCUUCGCACUAAGCAGGAGGCCGAGAAGCAGCAGAAGGCCGACUUCCGCGCAUCGCAGGCCAGGGUGGCCAAGAUCCAGCAGGAGAUCCUGCAGCUGCAGUCACAGGUUUUCAGCCUGGUCAUGGAGAACCGGGAGGCGGAGCAGGCGCUGAGGAAGAAAUACAAAGUGGAAACAGAAAUCGAGAACUGGAUCCAGAAAUAUGAUACAGAGAUGGGUGAGAAGCAGGAGGAGUUUGAGGAUCUGGAAGCUGUUCACAGGGAGGAGAAAAUCACGCUGGAGGAGCUGAAGCGGAAGCACCAAGUGCUGGUGGAGGAGUUUGCGCAGAUCCGGGAAGAGCGGGAGAUCAACUCCAAGAAAAGGGUGGAGGCAGAGCAGGAGAUGGUGCACAUGGUGCGGGCGGCCACGCUCAUCCAGGCCGUGUGGAAGGGCUACCUGGUGCGCUCCCUGCUCAGAUCCAGGAAGAAGCGGGGCAAGGGCAAAGCAAAGGACAAGGAGAAGGGCAAGGAGAAAGGCAAGGGCAAGAAAUGAGCUCUCCGCCCCAGCCUGCUCCUGACCCUCAUCCUCCCGGAGACCAGCCCCGGAAGCCGCCAGGAUGGAGAGCACUAGAUUCAUGACUUUCGUGAUGUUUUUAUUGAAUGAAUUAAAAAGCAUUUGAAGCCACAUUGAAGGGAACACUCUACAAAUACAUCUCUUUACCCAGGGCUGUGGGCUGUGUGUGUCCUAGCUCACAGAUGCUGUUUCUGCGAGGAGCGUGCAGCCUGGGGUGUCAGCCCAGAGAUGAUGGUUCCUACUUCAGCCUUAGCCGGGAAAAGAGACCCCAGCUGCAGCCCGGAAGCCGCCAUGGCCAUGAUGGACAAUCACCCACCAGGGCAGCGGGGUGUGGGUCACAGAUGCCCAUAGGGGGCACAGAGGCAGGCAGGGAACUCCAGGAGGAUCAGGGCUCAGGUUUCAGGCUGCCCCUGACCCUGUUGUGGGAUUAGUUUGCUGGCAACUUCCCCAACUCCAGCACUGAAAGCUCAGGGGGAGUCCUGGGGUGACCGCAGCCCUCAGCCUCACAUUCCAGGGAGUUGAACAAUUACCUAAAACAACAUUUUUUUUUUUAAAUAUUUAAAAA